CGCAGAACGAACUUCCUUUUCCCAGUGCAGCGGAGUCCUAGUCCUAGUCUGUAGACUUUAGUCUCCAGACUAGUUGAUAUCAAAAGUCUGCGAAAUGGGGUUCGUUAAAGUUGUCAAAAACAAGGCCUACUUCAAGCGGUACCAGGUGAAAUUUAGGCGAAGGCGAGAGGGGAAGACUGACUACUAUGCCCGCAAGCGCCUGGUCAUUCAAGACAAGAACAAGUACAACACACCCAAGUAUAGGAUGAUCGUGCGAUUCUCCAACAGGGACAUCGUCUGCCAGAUCGCCUAUGCUAAGAUCGAAGGAGACAUGAUUGUUUGCGCAGCCUACUCGCAUGAGCUGCCCAAGUAUGGCAUAGCUGUGGGUCUGACAAACUACGCUGCAGCCUAUUGCACUGGACUGCUGCUGGCUCGCAGGCUGUUGAACAAAUUUGGCCUGGACAAGAUUUACGAAGGCCAGGUCGAGGUGACGGGUGACGAGUUCAAUGUGGAGAGCAUUGACGGCCAGCCAGGAGCUUUCACUUGCUAUCUGGAUGCUGGGCUGGCCCGAACUACCACCGGAAACAAGGUGUUUGGGGCUCUGAAGGGUGCUGUGGAUGGCGGCCUGUCCAUUCCCCACAGCACCAAACGGUUCCCUGGCUACGACUCUGAGAGCAAGGAGUUCAAUGCAGAGGUUCAUCGCAAGCACAUCAUGGGCGUCAAUGUCUCUGAGUACAUGAGCUACCUGAUGGAGGAGGAUGAGGAGGCUUACAAAAAGCAGUUCUCCCGCUUCAUCAAGAACGGUGUCAGCCCUGACACGGUUGAGGAAAUGUACAAGAAGGCUCAUGCAGCCAUCCGUGAGAACCCAGUCCAUGAGAAGAAGCCCAAGAAGGAGGUCAAGAAGAAGAGGUGGAACCGUGCCAAGAUGUCUCUGGCCCAGAGGAAGGACCGCAUUGCCCAGAAGAAGGCCAGCUUCCUGAGGGCUCAGGCAAAAGAGGCAGCUGACAGUUAAAAGGCUGCUUCCCUGCACGAAUGCCUCGGCAGAAAGUAACACUUUGUUCUAAUAAAUGUAUUGAAAAGACUC